GUCUGACUGGCCUACCCUCUGCUCCCUGAAUCUACCUUUCUGCAUGCAUUUGAACCCUCCGUGUAGGCUGGGGGUGGAGUUCAGACAUGUCCGGUCCACAGCCCCCUUUCAGCUCGCUGCUUCCUUGGUAUCUUGCCAUCGUAGAACCCCAGGGCCUGAACAGAGCUUUGCAGAAGCCUCUGCUCACACGUGGCUUUGAUUGUUCUCUUUUCAGGCCCAGCUUGGGACAUUCUUCACUUCCAUUCACUUCCCCUCUGGGAGCCCCUUUCACCACCCCUGCGCCUUGCUUCAGGCGAUGCCCAAGAGGGAGCUUUGGCCAGCAGGGUCGUGCUCAGAACCUGUGACCCACAUCGGCAGCUGUGGCGGCAUGAUGAGCACCACCUCCACCCACUCUGGAUCUAGUGACAGCAGCUACGACUUCCUGUCCGCUGAAGAGAAGGAGUGUCUGCUCUUCCUGGAGAAGACCAUUGGCUCGCUGGAGGUGGAGGCUGACAGUGGGCUCUCCACAGACGAGUCAGAACCAGCUACCAGUCCUCAGAGUUUCCGAGCACUACCCACCACCACCCAGCGAGCUCCACAGGGAAAGCCAGGGGCCAUAGACACUCAGCAGGUGCCAGUGCCAGUGCCAAAGAGAGCAGCCCAGUCCUCCGGUCCUCCCGAGUCUCCCAGCCCAGGCCUCAGGUCGGGUUCCUACAGCCUUCCCAGAAACCUCCAUCUUGGCAGAAGCCAGAACCUGAGGAAAAGUGCCACCCAGACUAACAGCGUCUCUGAAGCACCUGAGGUACUCUUAGAGGAGCCUAAGAAAGGGCAGACUAGGCAGGGUGCUAAGACCAUCCAGCCACCAGCCCCAUCCCAGGAGGGUACCCCUAACCUGAACACAGUUCUCAUACCCCCGCCAGAAGCUUUCCAGGACAUUACAUCAAAGAAAGCUGAGGGAGAAAGCCCCCCUAAAAAGCCAGGAGAGCAGACACACAGGCCUCAGGGCCACACUCUGGAGAGAAGUCCACAUUCCCAGAAGAAAGCGGAAAUGUCUUCUGAGACCAUGACCCAUAAAGCCACAGAAAAAGGCCGGACAGAGGGGCCACAGCGACCACAGCAGCCUCCCGCCCAGUCAUCUCAGAACACACAAGCUGAAGAACCUUCCCUACCUUCAGGGGUCAAGCCAAACAUCCAACAGCCUCUCCUCACAGCCACAAAGCCCCGUAGGCUGCCACCCAACAUCGUCCUGAAGAGCAGCCGAAGCAGCUUCCACAGCCAUCCCCAGAACUGGCUGUCAAAUCACAGCGAAGCCACAGACUCGGUCCCUGUCUCUUCUUUGCAAGAACAAAGGAAAGCGCGCAGAGAGGCUCUGGAAAAGCUAGGGCUGCCCCAGGACCAAGAUGAGCCCAGUCUGCCUGUAAAUAAACAUACCGGUAGCUUCAAAGUCAAGGAGGGUCAGGCUCAGACCUCUUCCCAGGCCCGGGCUCCUGCUCAGCCGCCAGCUCUGGUCAGGGGAACUGCUUCUGUGGCAGAGAAAGCUUCCUCAGUGAAGGCUGUCACUCCUCUGGACUCUCUAAGCAAGGGUUGGAUUCCGGCCCAGGAAACCCCUCCAGGAAAGGUCGGAGCUGCCAAGUCUAUGCCUAUUCCUAUCCCUAAAGCCUCAAAGGAAAACAGUUCCCUGACACAGCCCAAGCCUGACCCGCGGCUGACCCUCCAGGAAAGCAGCAUCCCCGGCCUGAGACAGAUGAACUUCAAGUCCAAUACUCUGGAGCGCUCAGGCGUGGGGCUGAGCAGCUAUCUCUCGGCAGCUGAGAAGGACCCCGGCGGCCAAACCAGCACGUCUCUGGGAAAGAGCCCCUUCUUGGACAAGGUCUCAUCCAGCGUCUUCCGUAAUUCUCGGCCCCGGCCUGCCUCCUUGGGCAUGGGAAAGGAUUUUGCAGGAAUCCACGGGGGCAAGCUGGUUGGCCUGGAGCAGGGCCAGUGCUCCCAACAGCCAUCCUUCAAAGGACAGAGUCAUGACAAACUCCCUCGCCCCCCCUGUGUCAGUGUCAAGAUAUCCCCAAAGGGCAUUCCUGAUGGGCACAGGAGGGAGGCUCUGAAGAAACUGGGACUGCUGAAGGAGUAGCGUUGGCAUGGGCAUAGCCCGCGCCAACCUACCGGAAGAGACUGGCUCUGCCUAGGGCCUUUGCAGCCUCACAGCUCAGGGCUCACUUCCUUCCUGUCUGAGAUGAAAAAGGAAGAGACUCGAGGUCAAGCACAUGUCGGUACUCAGGCAGUUGUGUUAUUGAGUACGUGCAUAGAUCAUUCUGAAGAUCAGUCUCACAGCAGGAGAGGGGGGGGCGCUUGCGUAUCACUGACACCAUUUAUAUAACACAGGGAGUCACUGUUCAGAACUCCGCUCUUGGUUGAGAUUUUACAAGUGCAAGGUUCAGCCUGUCCCGGAACUGAGUGGAACAUAGUGGCCGAACCUGAGAAGUAAAGUCACACGACACAAAGGAGGUAGAGACAGCUCAAAAAGAUGAAUUACACUGAGCACGCGACUCUGGUCACAUGAAAUACAGCCCGAGUUUCUGCAGUAUUUGGAGACUGGCUUGCAUUUGCUGCCAGGGCCUUCUAGACCUAUCUUGGGGACAAGGGGAUCCAGUUCAGUAUCUUCACCCACUGCCUUCCCCUAUCAUGUGUUGCAGGCUAACACAUAUGCCUGUCUCUAGAUCUCAUAGCUCACUGAUAUCAGGAGGCCACUCCCUGGUUUGAGAAAGCAGAAUAUGGCCACACACUCCUCCAAUUCUACCUGGAAGAAUUCUUGUCGUGGGCUUGACGAAUGUGAUAAUAAACUGGGCUAUGGCCCAUGAUGCUG